AUGGGGCAGACUGACCCUCCGUCGGUGCGGCUGACCGCCACCGAAUUCAGCCGCCGUCCGCCGACCAUCCGCUGGCGCCGCCCGGUCGCCGCUAUACUCCUCCGUCCCUUCGCCGGUCGCCGCCGUGCUCCUGCUGCCAGUCGCCGUGUGUCGCCGUACCCCAUCACCCGCCGCCGCCGAUCGCUGUCGCACUCCACCGCCGAUAUCUCCUCCGCCCCCACCACUUCCUCCUCCUCCUCCUCCUCCUCCGCCGCCGGCACCUUGGAUGUCAAGUUCUCCGUGGAGAAGGUUCACAGAGAACUCUUCUGCUCGGAGCACCGGUACUUCGAUCGGCACGACUGCAACUACGACUACAAGGCGGCCGGCCGUGAGGCGAUCGCGAGGGAGAAUCCGGUGGUGAAAGCCGCGAAGAUCGUUCAGAGUCUGAUGAUCUGA